GCCGCGCAUGCGCCGAGCUGAGGGCCCAGUGUUGUCGGCUGGGAAAUGGCGGCCGCGGGCUUGGUCGCGGUGGCCGCGGCGGCCGAGUACUCUGGCACCGCAGCGUCGGGAGGCAACCUCCCCGGUGUUCACUGCGGCCCAGGCUCCGGGGCAGGCCCCGGUUCUGGCCCGGGCUCGUGGAGCCGCUCUCUCGAUCGAGCCCUGGAGGAGGCGGCGGUCACCGGGGUGCUGAGCCUGAGCGGCCGGAAACUGAGGGAGUUUCCCCGGGGAGCGGCCAACCACGACCUGACGGACACCACCCGGGCGGACCUGUCACGAAAUCGCCUUUCAGAAAUUCCUAUAGAAGCAUGUCACUUUGUUUCUCUGGAAAAUCUCAACUUGUACCAAAAUUGUAUUCGGUAUAUUCCAGAGGCAAUUUUAAACCUACAAACUCUAACGUUUUUAAAUAUUAGUCGGAACCAACUGUCAACAUUGCCGGUACACUUGUGUAAUUUGCCGUUGAAAGUCUUAAUUGCUAGUAAUAAUAAAUUGGUGUCACUUCCAGAAGAAAUUGGACACCUCAGACAUUUGAUGGAACUUGAUGUGAGCUGCAAUGAAAUUCAAACUAUACCUUCCCAAAUUGGUAACCUGGAGGCCUUGAGAGACCUUAAUGUAAGAAGAAAUCACCUAGUACAUUUGCCUGAAGAGCUGGCAGAGUUGCCUUUGAUACGGUUAGACUUCUCAUGCAAUAAAAUUACCACAAUCCCUGUUUGUUAUCGGAACCUCAGGCACCUACAGAUGAUCACCCUAGAUAAUAAUCCACUACAGUCACCUCCUGCACAGAUAUGCAUAAAAGGCAAAGUCCACAUAUUUAAAUACCUGAACAUACAAGCUUGUAAGAUUGCUCCAGAUCUGCCAGAUUAUGAUAGGAGACCAUUGGGUUUUGGCUCCUGCCAUGAAGAACUGUACUCAAGUCGCCCGUAUGGAGCCCUUGAUUCAGGCUUCAAUAGCGUGGACAGUGGUGAUAAGAGAUGGUCAGGGAAUGAACCUACAGAUGAAUUUUCCGAUCUGCCUCUUCGAGUAGCAGAGAUGACUAAAGAGCAAAGACUACGAAGGGAAAGCCAGUACCAAGAGAACCGCGGCAGCUUAGUGGUAACAAAUGGUGGAGUGGAACAUGAUCUGGAUCAGAUUGACUUCAUAGACAGCUGUACGGCAGAGGAAGAAGAGGCCGAGGUGAGACAGCCCAAGGGACCGGACUCAGACAGCCUUAGUUCACAGUUUAUGGCAUAUAUUGAACAACGGCGAAUCUCUCAUGAGGGUUCACCAGUAAAGCCAGUAGCCAUUAGGGAGUUUCAAAAAACAGAAGAUAUGAGAAGAUAUUUACAUCAAAACAGGGUUCCAGUUGAGCCAUCUUCUCUCUUGUCACUAUCAGCAAGUCACAAUCAGCUGUCACAUCCAGACCUGGAACUUCAUCGGAGAAGGGAGCAGUUAGUAGAGCGCACUCGGAGAGAGGCUCAGCUCGCUGCCCUGCAGUAUGAAGAGGAGAAAAUAAGGACCAAGCAGAUCCAGAGAGAUGCUGUCCUGGACUUUGUCAAACAAAAAGCAUCACAAAGUCCACAAAAACAGCAACCCCUCCUAGAUGGUGAGUGCCCCUUCCCAUCCAGAAGGUCUCAGCAUACUGAUGAUAGUGCCUUGUUAGUGUCGCUGUCAGGUUUGAAUCAAGUGGGUUGUGCUGCUCCGCUGCCUCAUUCUUCUGCCUUCACGCCUCUUAAGAGUGAUGACAGACCUAAUACUCUAUUAAGUUCACCUACAACAGAAACAGUUCAUCAUUCCUCUGCAUAUGCUUUUCCUGCUGCUAUCCAGAGAAAUCAGCCUCAGCGCCCUGAAAGCUUCCUUUUCCGAGCAGGUGGCAGGGCAGAAACCAACAAAGGUCAUGCUUCACCCCUUCCUCCGUCUGCUGCACCUACCACUGAUUCUACAGAUUCCAUAACAAGACAGAAUUCAAGACAGAGAGAAGAAGAGCUAGAAUUAAUAGAUCAACUGCGUAAACAUAUUGAGUACCGGUUGAAAGUCUCUCUGCCUUGUGAUCUUGGAGCAGCUCUAACUGAUGGUGUUGUUCUUUGCCAUUUGGCUAAUCAUGUGCGACCUCGAUCUGUCCCAAGCAUUCACGUUCCCUCACCAGCUGUACCUAAAUUAACAAUGGCGAAAUGCAGGCGAAAUGUGGAGAAUUUCCUAGAAGCUUGCAGAAAAAUUGGUGUACCUCAGGAGCAAUUAUGUUUGCCUCUCCACAUUUUAGAAGAGAAAGGUUUGAGCCAGGUUGCAGUGACGGUCCAGGCUCUCCUGGAACUUGCCCCACCCAAGCAACAGCAGCACCAGUUAUCUGCUGUUUAAGGAUUCCCAAGACCUUGGGCCAUUGGCCUGGCCAAAACAAGGAACAGGACAACGUGAUUGCUGCUGCCAGCUGUCUGCUUAAACAAAGCUCUUAUGUGUUCUCAGAAGGGACUGUUUCCAUGAUUCCUAACAGGAAUAUUUUGCAUCAUUUCUCCAUUUUAGGGGAGGUUAUAUCCAUUUCCAUUGAAUUUUUUUACGAAGACACCCUUGGUUUUCUCAGAUGAAACUUCUUUCGUUACUGAAAACCCAACACCUGACCUGGCUGUGUUUUCCUGGAGAGCAGGCUCAUUUCACACACCAGAAAGCACAUCUUCUGCGUUAGGCACAGGCAUGCUGUGCCGUUGUUUUUACCUGCUCUCAAGACAGCUGGUCUGCUGGUUUCUAAACUUGAUUGUUCGUUAGAAUCUCCUGGAGUCUUUGUUAAAAUACAGAUUCACGUUCAGGAGGUCUGGGGUAAGGCCUAGGAAUCUGCAUUUUCAACAACCAUUGCACAUGUUUUUGUUUGAGAAGGAGUUCCGUUCGGUCACCAGGCUGGAGUGCAGUGGCACGGUCUCAGCUCACUGCAACCUCCGCCUCCCGGGCUCAAGCGAUUCUUUUGCCUCAGCCUCCCGAGUAGCUGGGACAACAGGCGCCCACCACCACGCCCGGCUACUUUUUUUGUAUUUUUAGUAGAGAUGGGGUUUUGCCAUGCUGGCCAGACUGGUCUCAAACUCCUGACUGCAAGUGAUCCACCCGCCUCGGCCUCCCAAAGUGCUGGGAUUACAGGCGUGGCCACUGCGCCUGCCCCAAACCACUGUUCAAAGCUAGAUAUUUGUAUGUUUGGCGGGGAGGGUAAUGGCCCCACUGCAUUUUUUCACCCACAUUUAAAAUCAAAAGCUGUAUUAUGAGGAGCUGGACUAUUCUGUCAAAGACAAAACAAAAAUAAUAUAGAAGACCUAGAUUUUGCAUAGUCUUUUUUUUUUUUUAAGAGUUGGGGUCUCGCCGUGUUGCCCAGGCUGGUCUGAAACUCCUGGGCUCAAGUGAUCCUCCUGCCUCAGCCUUCCAAAGUGCUGGGAUUACUGGAGUGAGCCACUGGGCCUGGCCCAAAUUUUGCAUAGUAAAAAGUGAAACAGAUAACAGUUGUAUUUAAGGUCAGUGUUCUAGGCCUCCCUUCAACUCCAGUCCAUCAUAGAAGAUGGUUCUAUGUCAUCCUGUUAUCUAGACAUUAGAAACAAGCCCUCUAGACACAGGUUCCAAAUCCUUAAGCUGAUAGCACACUGCUGUGCAUCGCCUGCUUCGGUCUCACUGAGCCUCCCGCCCCACCCUCCGCACCCUCCGCACCCUCCUCACCCGCCCCACCCUCCUCACCCUCCUCACCCUCCUCACGCUGCUCCGCGGACACCUGGGCCUGCAGACACGUUGCAGUCACAGCACAUACACUUCGAGCUCGGGAAAGCCUAGUUUCUUAUAUUUCUUUCAGGUAACUGCCAGUUUCUGUGGCUGAAGUAAAGCACUUACGGCAUCUUAAAAACAACUUCCUAGCUGUGUGCGGUGGUUCACGCCUGUCAUCUCAGCACUUUGGGAGGCUGAAGUGGGCAGAUCACCUGAAGUUGGGAGUUUGAGAACAGCCUGACCAACAUGGAGAAACCCUGUCUCUACUAGAAAUACAAAAUUAGCCGGGUGUGGUGGCUCGUGCCUGUAAUCCCAGCUACUCGGGAGGCUGAGGCAGGAGAAUCACUUGAACCCAGGAGGCGGAGGAUGUAGUGAGCUGAGAUCGUGCCAUUGCACCCCAGCCUGGGCAACAAAAGCAAAACUCCGUCUCAAAAAAAAAAAAAAACCCGCCCCAUCUGACUCCACCACUAGUGCCUUUAUAUACUCAAUUAUGGGUGGAGGAAAAGGGCCCAAGGGCUCAACACCACACAGGAGCUUUUAUUCCAGUUUCAGCUAGCUGAGUUUUCCUUUCCCUGCAUUUUGAACCCCUCUUAGUUGUUGGUGAUAUAUUCUGGUGUUCACUGCCUUUGUAAAACAAGUAAAUAAAGUAAGUGGAAGAUAUUA